AAGGGCAACAGAGGAACCCCAGGACAAAAUGGGAAGUUAGGACUCAAAGGACAAAGGGGUCGCCCAGGACUUCCUGGCCUGUUUGGUUUACCUGGCAUUCUGGGUUUCAGAGGCCAAGUUGGGACUGAGGGACCAGAAGGAAAGCCUGGGUGCUCCUGGAUCUGUUGGCUCUCCUGGCCCUAAAGGAGACAGAGGGUUUCCAGGUGUGGCUGGUGAUCGAGGGCAGACAGGUCGUCCAGGAGCCAAAGCUCCCGGAAAGCCUGGUGAAAAUGGAAUCCCUGGACCAGCUGGGGAGAGGGGCUUCACAGGCAGUCCAGGAAUGAUGGGCCCCCAGGGCCCAGUGGGCAUGUAUGGUUACCCCGGAGCAGUAGGUCCGACUGGGGGACCAGGCCACAUGGGACAAAGGGGAGACGCUGGUGUCAGAGGACUUCCUGGCAGCCUUGGAAACACUGGACCUCCGGGUCUCCAGGGCCUUCCUGGUGAGAGAGGGCCUCCAGGACCACAGGGCCGUCAUGGAGAGUUGGGGCCCAAAGGCAUUCAGGGUCUGCCAGGUCCUCCAGGCAAACCUGGACCUGGGGGCGGCUUGGGGAGCCCUGGUCCUCCAGGGAGUGAGGGGCCACCAGGGCCACCAGGGUCGGCUGGACCCAGAGGGUUUCCAGGAAAACCAGGCAUUACUGGGCUGAUGGGUCAGGCUGGAGAGAAAGGAGAGCAGGGAGCAAUGGGUCCUGCUGGGAAUAUUGGUGCUCCAGGUCUGGAUGAGCAGCAGGGUCCUCCAGGGCCAACUGGAGAAGAAGGGAUUCCUGGAACAAAAGGUGACCAGGGACCUCCGGGCCCUCAGGGGAAACCAGGACCCAAGAGACCAACGGGAAAACCAGGACCUCAAGGAUCCCGGGGGCUGCAGGGUGAGCCUGGCCAGAGGGGCAAAGAGGGAGAAGCUGGAGGGCCUGGGUCACCUGGGGAUCAGGGUGUUAAAGGAGCAAAGGGAUAUGUGGGGAAUCCUGGUCCAUUGGGGUCAGAGGGGCCCCCAGGAGUCUUGGGCAUAAAAGGGCAGAGAGGGUCAAAAGGAGAAAAGGGCUACGCAGGCCAAAUGGGUCAAGGGGGCCUGAUGGGAACGGUUGGACCAUCAGGCCUAUUAGGACUACAGGGGUUUCCAGGUAUUUUUGGGAUUCUUGGACCUCAUGGGCCACCAGGACAAAAGGGAGAUACAGGUCCUGCUGGUUUGAUGGGGGAGUCAGGAACUCCAGGUCCAAAGGGUAUGGCAGGAAGCCCAGGUGUGAAAGGUGACAUGGGACAAUCUGGACCACCAGGUUCAUCAGGAGUCCAGGGAAGACCUGGUAAGCCUGGGUUAAAGGGAUCUCCUGGAUCUGAGGGGCUGAGAGGAGAGCCUGGAGAGACAGGGCAGCCAGGAGAGAGUCCUGAUGGCCUGCCAGGAAAUAAAGGAGCUCCAGGAUUACCAGGACCAGAGGGUUGGGACGGUGACAUGGGGCUUCAGGGCCCUGUUGGCAUUCAAGGACCUCAGGGACCUAAAGGUGUUCCUGGGCUGGUGGGAAGGAAAGGACAAAAGGGUCAAAAGGGGGAUGAUGGCAGAAGUGGACGUCCAGGGAAGGACGGACGCACUGGGAAGAGGGGGAAAAGAGGGAGAGCUGGUAGUUAUGGUUUGAGAGGAAUACGAGGAGAAAAGGGGAAGAUGGGAGAUCUGGGUCCAUCUGGUCCUCCAGGAAGACACGGUACAUAUGGCAAAGCUGGGCCUCGUGGAGAAAAAUGUGAAAUGGGACCACCUGGCUUAAAGGGAGAAUCUGGGGACAUAGGAGCAGAUGGCCCUACUGGUCGAGAGGGGUUAAAGGGAACACAAGGCUUCACUGGAGAGCCAGGAAGAGCUGGUGAAAAGGGAGAGCAGGGCAACAUCGGCCUUCCAGGUAGACAAGGAUCUCCAGGCCUGCCUGGGCUGCCUGGUUUGUUUGGACACAAGGGUCUGAAGGGAUUUCCUGGACCACAAGGCCGGACUGGGGAGAAAGGAUUACCUGGUCUGCCUGGUCCACCUGGGCCCCCAGGGGCCACAUUCAACCUCACCAUGACUCAGCUGAAGGAGCAAAUGUACGUGUUGGACAAGCCCAACCCAAUCCUGGUGCAGGCUCUGCUGGAUUCCCUGCAGGGGGAGCUCCAAUGGUUCAUAAACCCACCAGAUGGCAGCAAACUUCACCCAGCUACUACCUGUCUGGAACUGUGGCUGGCUCACCGAGACUCCACUAACGGGGUGUAUUACAUUGAUCCUAACCAGGGCAGCCCAGCUGAUGCUUUUCAAGUGUAUUGUGACUUCACAGCAGAACCAAAGACGUGUCUAUCUCCGCAGCAGACUCAGGUUCCAAUCAAGGCUUGGCUGAAGGAUUCCGGCACCAACAUGUCAUUCCACUGGUUGAGCACAAUUGAAGAUGGCUUCCAGUUUGAGUAUCCAGGAGGAGCAGAUGUGGUGCAGAUGAGGUUUCUGCGACUGAAUAGCAGAUUCUCCACUCAGACCAUCACAUACUCCUGUCAGCCAGGAAGUAGACAGAGCCACAGAGAGAGGGAAGCCAAGUUCCUGGCUGACACUCGGAGGCAGAGUUACGUGGGGGCACUGCCAGACUGUGUGACGUCAGAGAUGUUGGAGUCAGCAGGUCGGGAAUCAGUUCUGCAGUUUGACAGCGAUGAUCUCCAGCUGCUGCCUCUCAGGGACCUGGCAGUGUUUGGAAACAAGGAAGUAACCUGGGAGUUUGGCUUCACUAUUGGACCAGCAUGCUUCAGCUGAUCUCUCAUGCAGGGUUGGAUCUGAGUGAUGGCUGCAGCCCCAAAGAUCUGAACAGGCACCGUGUAUCUCUGCCACUUUUCUACUGUCUUUCAUACCUUGACAUCAGUUUGGAGUUGGCAUUGCUUUUUUUGAAAGUUGUUUAACUUUUUUUGCAAGUAUGUUAACCAGCCAGUUUACUUGGGAUGUCUUGAGCUGUCUCAUUGUCCGCAGUGUAAACUCUGAACAAUCUCUUUGACUUAAAACACUGAGGACGAGAGACACAUACAGUGAGCUGUAGAUCCUCUGGGAGAGAGAACGCUUCUCUCCCUUCCUCUGCACAGUGACUGUUGCCUUGAACCUGAAUAUCCUGAUAGUAACUCUUCGUUUAGUUACAUUUUGUUUGUGUGUGUUUGUGAAACUUGCUUAUUUAUGUAAAUGUUUGACUUUCAUUUAAUCAUUUUCAUUUUGACCCAGGUAAAUUUUGACUUGAUCAUUGUGGUGAUGAUAACUUGUGGCUCAUGCAUCUCAGAUAAUGUGUUUGCUUUCUUUAUUCUGGUCUAUUCUGUCAUGUUAUGAGUUUGCCAGUGUUCAAGUACAUGCACAUGCAUCAAGCCAACUAGCAAGUCCACUGAUUUUGACCUUUGCAUUGAAAAUAAUCUACUUUGAUCUGAAAUUCUAUUUUAUAAAUGCAUAUCCUGCCCUUGCAUUCAGAAUACUAUUUCUAGCUCACCCAGUCAUAUGAGUGACGGUGAUUUUCAAAAAUCUAAUUUAAAGAAAAACCACGGUUAUUCAAGGUAACUUCUUUCAAAAUGACUAAAGGAGUCCCCCAACAGCAUUUGAGUCAGUGAAUUGUCCCUUUCACAGUUUUGUGUACAAUUUCAGACUCUCACUAUAUUAAUAUUUCAUUCAUUAGACCAUCAGUAUUAUUUUUAUUUCCUUUCUUAUUUAUGUAAAUCUAAUCAUAGAAGAGUUAACCGAUCAGAUGCAUGGUCCUACCUUGUGGCAGACAGCUUGCAGGAUUCUUUAGCUUUUUUUCCCCCACGGGAUUUUGAUCUAUAAACUCUAUAGACUUAAUGCUGUGUACAAACUUUGUCCAAAUUGUCCCAUGUUAAAUGUAAGUACUGUAAAUACAUCAUGUGGCUGUUGUAGAUAUUUUUUAAACUUGUUUGACAUUAACAUGUAGUCUACGUUUAUAGUACGUCAGUCAUUUGUGUGUAUCGCCAUCUUUUGUCAUGACUUUUUUUCAUAUUGAUUUUCUAUUUGGUUUUAUGGUUCUUUAUUUAUAUUGUGUUGAUUUCAGAUUGUCCUGUUUGAUUCUCAACAUGUCUCAAAAUUUCACUGGUGAAAUUAAAGCUGCAUUAAAAUGUAUAUUUCCUGGCCAUUUGGGGACCACAAGAAAAGUUGAAAACACAACAGCAACAUUUUCACCGUGAGAAGUUGUUAUAGAGAUGUUCACAGUUUCCUUUUGCAGCAUUUACAUUUAUUUGGCUUGGUGUCUGUGUCAACCUGAGGAAUGUCUGUCAAAGUGGACUUGCAUUGUAUUUUAGUCCCCACCAACUCCUGAGAAAGAUAUUUGGCUCGCUUCUAAAUGCUGCGUAAUGUUCACCAGCUUGUGUUGAACUUUGUCUCUCUGGUGUUUGGUGCCAAACAGAUUGACAGUGUGCUUAUUGGAGAUUGAUGUUGAAAACAUCUGCCUGAAAAAAGACAUUUGUGGGAGUGGAGUUAAAGGCUGGAAAACCAAACCAGUUUUCUCAAAUCUGUACAGCUGAGUGGAACUGCAGUCCAGUGAUAAUUCUCUGUGAGUCACAGUGUCUUCUCUUUUCACAUGUAGUCACUUGAUCAUUAGUUCUCAUACAAGUAUCUAUUAGUGCAGCUUUGACCAUUACAUGAAGGUAUUUUGCUGUUUUAGUCGUAUAUAGUCCUGGAUGGCUCAUUAGCUUCCUUCAGAUAUCAUUCCCACCCUGAGCUAACUAUGCUAAAUGUCAGAACAUGCUUAGUUAUAUUUGAUAUUGCAUGUUGCUUGAUCGUGAAUGGAUGGAUUUAAAUGAAUGUUGCUGUGUGUUGUUUCACUCAGGGAAGUGAGCUUACCCCCAUGAGCUAGAAUAACCUGUACUCUGUCCUGCUCUUAUUCUCAUACCAGGAUUCAUGCAAAUUUGCAGACAUAAUUUCUCUCAGUGAGUUACCGGUGGAGCUAAUAUCACUGCCGUAUGGGAGCUGAAAGCAGAUAUAGUUGAUUUCUUUUCCGCCUCUUAUGCAACAAGGACACAAUUCUCUAAUGGUUCACGGUUGUUUCUUAUUCAAUAUCUGAGAGCCCCAUUCAUCAUGCAAAUUGAGCUUUAGUGUCUGUAAUCAGUGCCAUGAAAAUGUACUUAACAUUGAUGGCUGCCUAUUUAUUAGAUAAAUCAGCAGAUCUGGUGUCAUGUGGGAUAACUGUGCGCCUGAUAUAUAGAUGUACAGAUAUAUAUGACUUUGUCAUGCCAUUAAAAAUGUGGAUAGUAUCUGUAUGCAUGAUAAAUAAUUUAUCCAACAGUAUGAAUCUCUGCACUAUACUGUGUAUUCCAAUA